UGGCUACUGGGUGCUCAGCCAAUAGUCGACUGGGCUUCUGGCCAUGGCCUCUGUCGUCGGCCUCCGUUGGUUAGUUGGUAUCGAGAGCUGCGCCGGCGCAGAACGUCUGAAAAAGUUUGCGAAGGUUGGAUAUUGUGCCGGGAAUUUAAAUGAGCCACGACUGAGUUGCGAAAGUAAAUUUGUACGAGUAGAAAGUGUGGGACUAUGGGGAGGUUGUUGGUGGUUUUGAUCUUUGUAGGCUUUGUCCUGCCUAGUUCCUCGACUGACUCUACUUUGACUACCUUCCUCGUAGAGGCCAACCAACAACUGGCCGGCAUCUAUGAUCAGGUGGUCUUGGCCCAGUUGCAGAAUGAGUUACGUGGAUCCAACGAUAUUGUAGCUCUCCUCGAGAUGGAAAUAGCGGACGAAAAGCUGCUGAACUACCUAAAAUCUCUGAUGGCUCAUCUGGCAAAGUUCAAGCGUUUGAAGUUGGGGGAUGCCACCCAGAAGAGGCAGCUGGAGAGGAUACCGAGGCUGGGCUACAAUGCCUUGGAUGGCAUGGAGCUCGCUCAAGUUUAUGCGCUCGCCUCCAACAUGAGCGACAGCUACCGCAACGUCCUACUAUGCGCUUAUAAGCAGCCAGGGAAUUGCACUUUGCGGCUAAUACCAGAGGUUCAGGCAAUAGUCCAGGAGAGCCGUGACCUGGAUGAGAUCGAGUACUACUGGUAUGAGUGGCGAAAGCAGACUGGACUGGCCACUCGGGAUCAGUUUGUGGCCUUCAUGGAGUUGUAUAAGAAGACCGCCCAACUUAAUGGAUAUCCGCGGGCCCAAGAUUAUUGGUUCCGAUCGCUGGAGAUGGGCGGAGCGCAGACCAUGUCAUUGCUGGAUCGGCUGAUGGCUGGACUGAGGCCGUUGUUCCUUCAGUUCCACGCUCAUGUUAGGGGUUCCUUGAGAAAGAUGCACGGAGAACGGUUGGUGCCCCGGGGCAGACCGUAUCCACAGCAUCUGGCCGAGGUCUUCAUAGGAAACGCCUUUAGACGGGUUCGUGCCGAGUGGUAUGUGGACUUACCAUCGCCCCUGGCGGGGCUGGCAAAUAUCACCCAAGACCUCCAUCGUCGCGGGUUGAGCACUACGCAGAGAGUGUUCUGGAAUGUGGCCGAGUACUUUAGGGGACUUGGUCUGCCAUUGCUGGAAAGCUCCCUUUGGACAAAUGCUCAGGUCGUGGCUGCUGAUGAUGACGACAGUUGCUGGCACAAGGUCUGGCGGUAUUACACCCUUCCCAUAACCAACUUCACCUACUGUCCCCUAAAUGACGAGGAGCGUUUCCUCAAUAUGUUUGAGGCCCAGAGUGAUCUUUAUUACAACCGAGCUGCCUCCGGCCAGCCAACCCUGUUGCGCGAUGAGCCCUUUCCCAGCUUCGGCGAUGCCAUUGGCAAGUGCUUCUCCCUGGCGGCCACCUCUCCACGCUACCUUCAGAAGUUGGGCUUGCUGCAGGAGGGAAAGUGGCUCGAGUUGCCCGCUCGACUGAACCGCUUGUAUGUGCACGGUCUGCGCGUGGUCUUCCUGCUGCCCGUCUUCUAUGUCCUCGAUCGCUAUCGUGUGGAGGUCCUAAGUGGACACAUCCGAGCGGACGACAACGAGGCCUACUGGCGACUGACGGAACAUUACACGGGAGCGGCAGCCCCUCGGAAACGCAGUAACGAACAGUUUGACGUCCCAGCCAAGUUGCUUAUGGAGGUGGAUGACCAGUAUGCCAGCAACAUCCUGAGCACCGUUCUACAGUUUCAGCUGCUCAAGCAUUACUGCACAACGACGCUUCAGUUCGGAAAGGAUAACCCUAGGAAAGCUUUGGAUCUCUGCGAUCUUUCCGACCAGCGUCAGAUCGGUGCCAGUCUACAGCGUGCCAUGGCACUAGGCUCAUCCGUGCCCUACAGCGACGUCCUGCAGGAGUUGGUGGGUGAGCCGGAGAUCAAUAUUGAUGGGUUGUUGGCCUACUUCAAGCCCCUACACGAUUGGUUGGUGCAGCAGAAUCAGCUACAAAAUCUGGAUGUGGGUUGGGCAUAGAAUACAUAGUAUUAAAAGAAAAAAAAUUUUUUGCUUCUGAAAUCCCAUAAGGUUACAAAAAUCAGAGUGAAACCAUCGAAAAUUGGGGCGUUGACUGUCAAGAGUAAUGUGUUGUUGAGCCUUUGUAUACACAUAUCUCGGGAAAAUGUUUCACUUUGGGGAAGUAGGUCCUUCCCCAUACCAUUCUAGGGCUAGACGGUAAUUGGGAAAUAUAGUUUAUAUCCGUAUUUUUGGUGCCCUUCUCGUACCUGGAAGUAGGGAACAGGAUGUUUUUUUACCUACUAUUGAAUCUUUUUCGUUUACAACGCUUCUGUUUAAAAGCAUUUUUAUUUUUCGAUGAAGAUUAUGAAUGGUUGGGAAUUUCCAACUCAGCCUGUAAGUAUGCCUUUUAUUGUACAGUAGAAUUCAUGUCAAAUUCAUGUGGAAAUGUAAUUGAAGAUGUGACCUUUCGAGACAAUUUAAUCGUUGGAAACUAGGGUUCCUAGAAUUAUCCCAAAAUAAUUUAAGUUUAAGGAUUCGAGAACAUGACUAUAGACGAUGGGCAUAGAUGCCGAAUUAUUAGUUGCAUACAAUUCAACAUCAAAUU